CGCCUUCGAUCUCCGUCCAUGAUGUCAAUUUAGACAUUCUGAACAACAGCGCGGGAAUCUCACACAAUCGAGUUACUUGCGAUGACAAAAACAAUACCAAAACAGUGCUGAAUAAAUAUUUUGAUUCAAAAAUCCCUCCGCUUGGGUCGCGCAUGCGUGCAGUCGACGUUGUGAUUGGCCGUGAAUAGGAACGUUCGCAAAGAAAGCAAAAACAUGAGUGGAACGGACAGCAGUGCCAGUCGAUCCGCGUGCAACAGCAAGGGAAGCAUGAUCGUUGUGUCGAACAGGUUGCCCUUCAUCCUCAAGAGAAAUGACAAGACUGGCGAUCUGGAGAGGAAAGCCAGUGCUGGUGGGUUGGUGACAGCAGUAGCUCCAGUGGUGAUCCGUGGAGGCGGCAUCUGGGUGGGAUGGCCAGGCAUACAUCUGGACGACCCCAACGAGAAGAUCCCGGAGUCAGACCCCAACGACAAGACCCCUACUGCUGGCUUGCUAUCAGAGAAGAUAGUCCCCAUCCACGCUGAGCCCAAACUCUUCGAUAGCUACUACAAUGGCUGCUGCAACGGAACCUUUUGGCCCCUCUUCCACUCCAUGCCUGACCGAGCCACCUUCAUCGCUGACCACUGGAAGGCAUACAUCAAGUGCAACGAGGAGUUCGCUGAGAAGACAGUACAUGCUCUGCAUCUGCUCAAACAACAGAAAGGGAAGAAUGGAACCUCUCCACCUAUCGUGUGGGUCCAUGAUUACCAUCUUAUGUUAGCUGCUAACUGGAUUAGACAGCGAGUCGAAGAAGAUGACAUAAAAUGCAAGCUGGCGUUCUUUUUGCACAUUCCUUUCCCCCCAUGGGACAUUUUCAGACUGUUCCCAUGGUCUGAUGAAGUAUUGCAGGGCAUUCUUGGUUGUGACAUGGUCGGAUUCCACAUAACUGACUACUGCCUGAACUUCAUAGAUUGUUGCCAAAGAAACUUAGGUUGUCGUGUGGACAGAAAGAAUCUGCUAGUUGAAUUGGGAGGUCGCACCAUCUGUGUCCGACCCCUGCCUAUCGGAGUACCCUUCGACAGAUUCGUGCAGUUGGCACAAAACGCAAAACCAGUGCUCUCUACAAGCCAACAAAUUAUAUUAGGAGUUGAUAGACUGGAUUAUACCAAAGGAUUAGUACAUAGACUGAAAGCUUUCGAGAGAUUACUGGAAAAGUAUCCUGAACACAUCGAGAAGGUGGUGCUGCUUCAGAUCUCGGUGCCGUCAAGAACGGAUGUCAAGGAAUAUCAGGACUUAAAGGAAGAGAUGGAUCAGUUGGUUGGAAGAAUUAAUGGAAGAUUUACCACUCCAAACUGGUCACCUAUUAGGUACAUUUACGGUUGCGUUGGCCAGGAUGAGCUAGCUGCUUUCUACCGCGAUGCUGCAGUAGCCCUGGUUACACCUCUACGAGACGGCAUGAACCUCGUUGCCAAGGAGUUCGUCGCCUGUCAAAUCAACAAGCCUCCCGGAGUACUGAUCGUGUCACCCUUCGCUGGUGCUGGAGAAAUGAUGCACGAGGCUCUCAUUUGUAACCCAUAUGAAUUGGAUGAUGCUGCUGAAGUCAUUCACAGGGCGCUGAUAAUGCCAGAAGAUGAGCGCACAGUCCGUAUGAACCACUUGAGAAGACGUGAGCAGCUAAAUGAUGUUGACAGCUGGAUGAAGGCUUUCUUAAAAGCCAUGGACUCUUUGGAAGAGGAGGCUGAUGAUAUUGGUGCCACUUCCAUGCAGCCUGUCACCAUUGAUGACUUCGAUGAAUACCUUUCCAAGUACAUUGGCUACACACAAAAGCUGGCGUUACUGCUUGACUACGAUGGUACUCUAGCCCCCAUCGCGCCUCACCCUGACCUGGCAACCUUACCCUUGGAGACCAAGCAUACUCUGCAGAGGCUAUCCAAUAUGUCCGAUGUCUACAUCGCCAUCAUCUCCGGCAGAAAUGUCAACAACGUUAAGAAUAUGGUUGGCAUUGAAGGCAUCACGUACGCGGGUAACCAUGGUCUGGAGAUCCUACACCCAGAUGGCAGCAAGUUCGUUCACCCCAUGCCUAUGGAGUUACAGGACAAAGUCGUCGAUCUGCUCAAGGCUUUGCAAGAACAGGUGUGCAAAGACGGAGCCUGGGUAGAGAACAAGGGAGCUCUCCUGACGUUCCACUACCGCGAGACGCCGGCGGACAAGCGGCCGGCGCUGGUGGAGCAAGCUCGCAAGCUCAUCACGGCGGCCGGCUUCACGCCCGCGCCUGCGCACUGCGCCCUCGAGGCCAGGCCACCCGUCGAGUGGGACAAGGGUCGUGCCUCCAUUUACAUCUUGAGGACAGCCUUCGGUUUGGACUGGAGCGAAAGAAUUAGGAUUAUCUACGCUGGUGAUGACGUCACCGAUGAAGAUGCCAUGUUGGCCCUCAAAGGUAUGGCAGCUACAUUCCGCAUCGCGUCAUCUCACAUCACGAAAACAUCAGCGGAACGCCGUCUAUCCUCCACGGACUCAGUCCUGGCCAUGCUCAAAUGGGUGGAACGUCACUUUUCCCGCCGCAAGCCGCGCGCCAACUCGCUGACGUACAAAAGCGCGCGAAAGGCCAGAGACACCAUACAGAUGCACAUGUCUUACCAGAUGCCAGCUAAGACCUCCCCGCGUCACACUCCCCCGCUCACGCCCGAUAAAACCUCCAGCGGGUCCGAGUCCAGUUAAACCAUCAACUGUCCUUUAUCUAUGACAUCUGUAGACUAACAAAAUACUGUACUCUAAAAAGGACAGCAUGCUUUUAGAAAGAAGAUUUCAAGUCUUUCUUGAUUUGAAUGAAUCAAGAAUACUGCAAUUUCAUCAUUGGUAGAUACUAGGUAGUGUGUUAGUCCAUCGAUGUCGUUUAUCCUAUCAGUGUAAUACUUAAGCGUCGUGUUAUUUAAUUCCAUAAGUAGUUGUUAAUUUCUCAUUAUCAUUUAAUGAUUUAUUCCAACACUUUUUUAUGUCGCUGAAAUAGCAAAGCUGAGGCUGCUGAAAAAAUAUUUUUAUUUUAUAAACGAUUGUGUCGAAGUUUGAUAUUGAACAAAAUGUUUCCUAAAAGUCCUUGCCAAAUAUAUUUCAAAAAUGUAUUGAAAAUAUUCUUAAUAUAUCGAUGUAUAUGAAGUGUGAUAAAUGUAUUAAUUACACUUCUUGAUUAUGUAACAACAGAGUAGUCAGUAUUUAAUACUAAAAAACGUUCCUGCAGCUUUAAACUUUAGGAAAUAAAAACGACGCACUUUUUAGUUUCAAAAUUACAUAAUCAUCAAACUGAGCUUAUUCACUGAGAUCAUAAUUUAGUAAAAUUGACUGAAUAGUAUUUAUAAAUUAUUUGUCUAAAUUAUACUCUUGAAGACCUGACAUUAAUGUUAAAAUAAUUGGAUGUUUAAGUUUCAUGAUACAAUCCCAUAUAGAUGUUACUAAGUACUUCACUCGUGUAGCGUAACGUUGCAUGCCAUUUAGUGAUACAACUUAUUUAUGUGAUAGACUAGUGAUAAUUCGUCUGUAAGGCUAUGUAAUGUUAUAUUAAACGUAGGUACGUAAUGAGAUUAGUGCACAACUUUAAAUAGCGCACGAUCCGUAGUGAUUUUGAUGCAUUUUCAAGUUUGGCUAUGUAAUAGUGAAACGAUGCGCAUUUUACAUGUAUGGCUAAUGUUUUGAAGCAUAUAUAUCAACAGAUAUCAAUUAACAUAAGUGUAUUUAUGCACCUUUUGCUAUAUUCAAACCGUAAUCUAAAUGUGAAUUUAACUUAUACUCUUGUUGUAUCUAACCUUAUUAUCAUCUGACGUGUAAAUCUCUGCGAUGUUGUAAAUAAUGUGAUCUAUAUAUAAAGAUUGUAAUACUGAACUAGUCUAGAUGUUCAUGCCAGGCCGUGGCAAACACGCACUGAAAUGUCUCGAAUUUGUAUCAUCCUGUAUUUUUAGAUACAUAUUGAUGUUAUAAGGAUUCCAAUAAAACUUUCAUGAGACGGAAAA